AUGCAGUUGGGCGAGCAGCUCCUGGGGAGCUCCGCCAGCCUGCCCGGCGCGCGCUUCUACCCGCUGGAGGGCGCGGGCGGCGGCGGCGGCGGGCGCGGCGGUCUCCUCUCGGGCUCGGCCUCCUCGCCCCGGAGGCUGGACUUAGACAAGGCUCCCAAGAAGUUCCCGGGCAACCCUUCCUGCGAGGCGGAAGCCGCGGAGUCCGCUGCCGCCAGGCCGGGACCCCCGGCGGCCAUGCUCAGCGACGCGGACUCCGGGGACACCUUCGCUGCGGCGGUGGCCAAACCUGGGCCCCUGGACGGCCGUAAGAACUCCCCGUGCGGGGAGGAGGAACUGUCCUCCUCCGCCGCCGCCGCCGCGCGCUACUCCAUGGACAACCUGAGCUCCGAGCGCUACUACCUUCCGUCCCCCGGGCCGCAGGGCUCCGACCUGCCCGCGCCCUGCUCGCUCUUCCAGUACCCGGCCGCAGCCGGGGGGCCUCACGGAUCUCUCUACCCCGCUUCCAACGGCGCGCGUUACCCCUACGGCUCCGUGCUGCCCCCCGGUGGAUUCCCCGCGGCGGUGUGCCCCCCCGGAAGGGCUCAGUUCGGCCCGGGAGCGGGCGUCGGCGGCGGCGGCGCGGGCGGCAGCGGCGGCGGGGACGGAGGCCCGGGCGCCUAUCAGUACGGCCAGGGGUCUCCUCUCUACGGACCGUACCCUGGAGCCGCGGCGGCGGGACCUUGCGGAGGACUGGGGGGCCUCGGGGUGCCCGGGGCCGGCUUCCGCGCCCACGUCUACCUGUGUAACCGGCCUCUGUGGCUCAAAUUCCACCGACACCAAACUGAGAUGAUCAUCACGAAACAGGGCAGGCGGAUGUUUCCUUUUUUGAGCUUCAACAUAAACGGACUCAAUCCUACUGCGCACUACAACGUGUUCGUAGAAGUGGUUCUGGCCGACCCUAACCACUGGCGCUUUCAGGGGGGCAAGUGGGUGACCUGCGGCAAAGCCGACAAUAACAUGCAGGGCAACAAAAUGUAUGUUCACCCAGAGUCUCCUAAUACUGGUUCGCACUGGAUGAGACAGGAGAUUUCUUUUGGGAAAUUAAAACUCACCAAUAACAAAGGCGCAAAUAACAACAACACUCAGAUGAUAGUCCUACAGUCUUUACAUAAAUAUCAACCACGACUGCACAUUGUUGAAGUUACAGAGGAUGGUGUAGAAGACUUGAAUGAGCCCUCAAAGACCCAGACUUUUACCUUCUCAGAAACACAGUUCAUUGCAGUGACUGCUUACCAAAACACUGAUAUUACUCAACUAAAAAUUGAUCAUAACCCCUUUGCAAAAGGCUUCAGGGACAACUAUGAUUCCAUGUACACGGCUUCAGAAAAUGACAGAUUAACUCCAUCUCCCACGGAUUCUCCUAGAUCCCAUCAGAUUGUCCCUGGAGGACGGUACGGAGUUCAAAACUUCUUCCCGGAACCCUUUGUCAACACUUUACCUCAAGCCCGAUAUUACAAUGGAGAGAGAACUGUGCCACAGACCAAUGGCCUCCUUUCCCCACAACAGAGCGAAGAAGUGGCCAAUCCUCCCCAGCGGUGGCUCGUCACGCCUGUCCAGCAACCUGGGACCAACAAACUAGACAUUGGUUCCUAUGAAUCUGAAUAUACUUCCAGUACCUUGCUCCCAUAUGGCAUUAAGUCCUUGCCUCUCCAAACAUCCCAUGCCCUGGGGUAUUACCCUGACCCAACUUUCCCUGCAAUGGCAGGGUGGGGAAGUAGAGGUUCCUAUCAGAGGAAGAUGGCAGCAGGCCUACCAUGGACCUCCAGAAUGAGCUCUCCUGGGUUCCCUGAAGAUCAGCUCUCCAAGGAGAAAGUCAAAGAGGAAAUUAGCUCUUCUUGGAUAGAAACACCUCCUUCUAUCAAGUCUCUAGAUUCCAAUGAUUCAGGGGUAUAUACCAGUGCUUGUAAGCGAAAGCGGCUGUCUCCUAGCACCUCAAGUAAUGAAAAUUCUCCUUCCAUAAAGUGUGAGGACAUUAAUGCAGAGGAGUACAAUAAGGACACCUCAAAAGGCAUGGGAGGAUAUUAUGCUUUUUACACAACUCCCUAAAAUAUUAUUUGAACUUCCUGAACAUUAACGAACAUUUGGCAGAUGGACUUUAUGGUGUUUUAUGUUGUCUUCUUUGCUAGGUUGCCAAAAAGACAUUUGCCUUCCAACUUGAUGCAUCCUAUUUUGUGCAAUUCUCCAAAAGAAGGUGCCAAAGCUUUUUGAUUGCUGCAGGUAACUGAAACAAACCUAGCCAAUUUUUUUUUCUUUGCAGAAUAAAGUUAAUGGAGGAGUUUCAAAUGUUUUUUAAAAAAAUCAAAGGUUAUUCAUUGUUUGGGACUUAUUUAUUGGAAACACUAUAAAUAACCAGAGACGUUAACUUACGGAGAUUGAGUGUCCAGAAAUAUCAAAUGAAUUACAACCUUUGCCUCUUUACCUGUAAGACUUUAAGCAGAUAGAAGCUGUGUGUUAAGCUGUUCUGCUUCCGGAAGAAAUAGGCUGGGCCCUAAGCACAACAGGGGACUUCCUGCUGUCACCUUCGUGAAGGGACUAGAGAUAUAAUGCCUGGGAAUCAAGGAGUCUUUUGUGAAAGUGUUACAGUCUUAACCUGACUUUGAUUCCUUGCAGGCUUUUGGAACAAGCCAUGUUCUUCUUUCUAGACUUCUACUGUGUGUUGGAAGGGCCUGUAGGACUUAAGAAAGAAUGAGGGAGAGACAGAAAAACAGAGUGGGAGAAGGAAUUAAAAAAAGAAGGCAGAGGAAGAAUUUAAAAGUGUACAAUGUGUGUUUAGCUACUUUGUAGAAUAAUGUGGAAUAUAUUGUACAAUUAGGCUACAUAGGUAUUUGAGACAAUGUAAAAUUGGUGCUUUGGCUUUGUAAUGAAGUUGUAAAUUACCUUAACAACAGUUGCAGUGGUAUGGGGAACGUUUCAUCAUUUCAGUGACAUUUGGGAAUAUUGCUUACUUCUUAGGUAGUUAAGAAUGUAUUCAGCUACUCUGUACUAACUUGAGCCACAGUUAAGAAAAUCCCAAUUUCAUCCUCUUCGUUGGCCUCCCCACCCCCUACUUUGGUAAUGUGAAAAAAAACAAAACAAAACUACAAUCUGAUGCCACAUUUCCUAUAGGCUUUUUAGAGGUCUUGGAUUUUUAUGUACAGUCUUAAUCAUUUUUAAUAAAUGUGGUUCAAUAAGGAAAUGGGCACAGCUCUGCUUUCUCUUCCUGUGUAUUUUAUGCUGUGUUAAAAAACCUCAGUUUACUUUUUUAGCCCAUGCUUUUCCAGCAGUGUGAACACUGCUUAUACUUACUGGGUCCCCUUCCCCCACAUGGAAGAGUCCAAAAUCUUUUACCUGGAAGGUGGUAGUAGUGAGGGGGUAGGGUGGAGAUGCUUUUGUUCUCUCCUUUUUUCUCCUAGAAGAUAAAUGGAGCUAUUUCCUGACCCUACUGGGAUUUCUGAACAAUGAAUGUUGGUUGAGAAUGUAGUGGAGAAGAGUGUUUGCAGCUCAAGAUGCAGUCGGCCUACUGCAGACUUAAUCCAAAACCUGGAAAACCCCCACACUUGACCCAUAGUCACUUAGCCUUUUCCUGGAUUUACUGGUGGCCACCAACUUUUGGGGUUAUGUAAGUUCCCUGGGAUCACCCACGUCCUUUUCAGUGCCUAGCCACUGGUGGGUCAUUCACAAGUGUUUAUAGCUAGUAAUGGCUCUAAUGCAGGCUGCCAGCCUUGGUCACUGCUGCAGGUGGCUCUUUGCUCUCAGACAAACUGGGUCCGGAGGCUAGUUCUGUGACACUAGCUAAAACUGGGGGUGGAGAGGAUCUACAAAUCCUCUGUUUUUACAGUCCCUCUUGUCCCACACACUGGUUCCCUACGAACAAGGUGUAGGACAGUGGUUUCUUUUGCUCUAAGAUAACUUGUCUUGAUUGCCAGGGAGGACACCAGGCAUUCCAUGCCCUGGCUCAAGUUUGUCAAAGUUAAACCAAGGAGUAAAGGCCUUUUGUGUCUGCCUCGCCUACCCUCCUCCCACAAGGCUCUGCUAGACAUCCUACCAGGUUUAUCAGCAGAAGGCUUAAAGCCCAGCUUGCAAACCCUUCUAUCCUCCUUCUCACCUUGGGAUAAAGGUCUGCCUGGGAGGGUCAUUCUAACUGGGCAACACGGAAAUGCAGCUGCUAAGAGGAUUAGCUGCUGGGAAGUGAGUGAUGAGCCAGGACCUCCUCCCCUUCUGCUCCUAAUUAAAGCCAUCAGGAACCUUUACCUGGACUGUACACUCUCCAUUUCCUCCAUCCUCCUGGGGCCAGAGCUUGUCCUAUGCCAUCAGUGGGGGCUCAACUUCAGCUCUGUUUCCAAUGGUGCCUGUUUAAAAGUCUGGCGAAGCAGCUCCAACCCAAAUUUUGCUGUAAAGCCAGCUUGAAUGCUUUGGACAUUUCUUUUCUUAGUAUGUAUUUAUUGUGGAUGACAGAUUUGGACUCGGGACAGGGAAAUGUGCAACCUUCCCAACUUGGUCAGCACUUUCCCAGUCCCUAUGAUAUACCCAAGCCCAACUGUGGUGUAUUGGGAAAUGCUGCGGGAUUUCAAAAAGUGUUCUAUUUCUGACCUCUAGAAAGCCCCAAAAUGCUAAUCACAGGCAGGAUAAAGAGGACUUUGCCUCUAGUCUAUUUCAAGUCCUUUAUAUUUUUGCACUGUACAGUAAAAAGAACCCGGUACUUGUGAAAAGUCCCUCACAGUGUUUAAUAGAAACGUAAGUGGCUGAGUGGCCCCAAUUAACACCUUGUGAUAAGGCAUUCCUAAGAUGGAGUGUCAGACACCAAAUUGCGAAGAGAUGUAUCUAAUUAAUCCUCCUAGGGUGACACCGAUAAACAAGACUCCCUUUAAAUAAAGAUCAAGUACUCAGA